AUGACUGUUCGGAUUUUCAAGAUGUCUGUUAAUCAACUAGAAGAUUUGACGAUUUUAAAUCAUCAAGAAUUUAUCAGUACACUUCGAUCAAAACUUGUUCACCUAAUCACAUCUGAUCCUUAUCUUAUUGACAUUCAUCCCGAUAAUGUUACUGUUGAUGAACUUGUAUCAUUGAAUGAACUUGAACAUGGUCAAGCAAUGUCAUUAAAUAUACGACGUUUCGAUAACUCCAUAAUAAAUGUAAUUAUAUCACAAAAAUGUCGUGUCUAUGAAUUAAAACGAGCAAUUAAAAAUAAAUUUUUAUUAAAAUUACAACGAGAAACAUUAACAAAAAAAUAUCCGUUAAAAAUUAGUUGGCGUUCAGUGUGGAAACGAUAUUGGUUGACAACGAUAGAUGGUGAAAAGUUAAUGGAUAAUAACAGAUUAGUAAAAGAUUAUGGAAUUGUAAAUAAAAGUGAAUUGACAUUUGUUAAACGAAAACGAGAGAAAAAUUAA